AUGACUCUUAAGCCCCGUUUCAACCUCAUUGUAUAUAUGAUGUACUUAGGCCUGCCUUUCUCCAGCUGCAGAAAUGCUCACGCCCUGACGGCAGACGUCAGUGUGGCUGAGACCGCUUUGGCUGCCGAGCUCUUCCUGGCUGAUGGGGUUGUACUGACUGGCACAGCUACUGGAUUGCCCGCAGAUCCUCAGGAGCUGAAAGAGGUUAAACAUGCUGUGAAGAUUCCUGUGUUGAUUGGGUCUGGAGUGACUCUGGAGAAUGUCAGGAAUUACUUGGAUGCAAAUGCUCUAAUAAUUGGUUCGUAUUUCAAGAAAGAAGGUUAUUGGGCAAAUGGUGUUGAUCCUGACCGAGUAAAGAAGUUUAUGGAACACAUAAGUAAACUGAGAGAAUGAGUUUGUCAGCAAACAGUAUUUUGUGUGUGUGUGUAAGUGCAGUAUGAUACAUCGUACAGAAUUAAUGCACACAUGUGUGCUUGAAUGGCUAAUAACAUUAAAUGAAAAUGCACAUCAUCUCCAUAACUAGCUAGGAAACACAGUGACACUGUACAAUAAACUGGUGCUGUGAUGUUUGUUUCUAGGCAGCUCAUUUCUAUGGCACUCAAAGCCAUCACCGAUGCAAAACCAACUCUCCGAAGGCUUGUGUAAUACAUUCUCUCCUAUAAGUAAAAUGCUUAUGGAGUUUAAGAAUUUGUAGUAAAUAUUCAUCACAGGUGAGCUGAGUUUUGUUUUGCCUGUGAGUACAAUAGGAUACCCUAAGUUUACAGCUAAGAGUAUUGUAAAUUGGACAAGUUAAUUAGCCUUUCAGUUUCCCCAUCUGUAAAAUUAUGAUAAUAGUACCUGCAUCACACGGGGGUUGUAAGACAUAAUAAAUGAAUGAAUGUACACCACUUUCAUCUCCUCAAAUGAAGGGCUCAAUUAAAGUUCAAGAUCAUUAUUUUUUCAUUAGAAUUGUGCAUUUAUUACAAAAAUGUAGUCAUUGUAUACCAUACAAAAAUUUAAGAUAAUUGGGAAAUUUAUUUACUUAAAAUACUUAGAGAAUAAAUGUAAGUAUUUAAUUACAA